AGCUUACGGUUCAAAUUCCAACUCCAAAGAUCCAUAUUGAAAGAUCCAAUAUCAACAACCCAAAACCAAAAAAAAAAAAACCAGAUACCAUUAACCCAACAACAUUUCCCUUGCAUCUCUAUUAUAAUUCAGAGGUCAUCGGCUCCGGCGUCUCACAACCGUUUCUCCCCUUGUCUGCUCCAGUGUUCCUCUUACUGGUUGCGUUUGGUUAGUACUUUGCAGCUUAUUUCGUUACACAAAUAUGGCUGCUGCAAAGCCUCCACCGUCUUUGGAGAUAUUAGUCCGUGAUCAAGAAGGAUCUUGUAUAUGGACUGUUCCACCCUUCAACAAUGGUGAACCAAACACCAGGAUGCCGAAAGUUCCUUGCAGUAGUGCUAUGUUUAGUGAAGAUGGUUCUAGGCUUAUGGUGGUUAAACCUGAUGGAAUUAUAAGUAUUUUUGAAUGCAAUACCUACAAAGAGAUUAGAUUCAUUCAAGUUCCUAGCCUUGCCGCUGCAAAUCUAUCACCCCGUGGGACAUACCUUCAGACAUUUCAGAAACAGUCAGCCCCUCAGGAGAAAAAUGUCAACAUAUGGAGUGUUGAGACGGGCGCUUCUGUGUAUAGUUUUUCUCAGAAGAACAUAAGUAAAACCACCUGGCCCUCUAUUCUAUUCAGCUCGGACGAAGUUGUUGCAUGCCGGCUUGUCACAAAUGAACUGCAGUUUUUUGAUCCUGCUGAAUUCUCCAAAGGAUUUGUAUCUCGCUUCAGAAUUCCAGGAGUGGCAGCGGCUCAGCUUUCCAAACGUCCUGGUUCAUAUGUUGCGGCAUUUGUUCCUGAAUCAAAGGGAGUUCCUGCAAGUGUCCAGAUAUUUCCAUGUGGAAGUGAUGCCUCUAGCCAGCCUGUUGCACGGCGUAGUUUCUUCCGCUGCACAACUGUGCAAUUACAUUGGAACUAUGGAUCUACUGGUCUUCUAGCUGUGGCUCAAGCGGAUGUUGAUAAAACGAACCAAAGUUACUAUGGAGAGUCAAAAUUGAAUUACUUGACAACCGAUGGAGUUCAUGAAGGCCUUGUACCUCUUCGCAAGGAAGGACCCAUUCAUGAUGUUCAGUGGUCCAACUCGGGUUCAGAAUUUGCUGUUGUUUACGGAUUUAUGCCUGCUAAAGCUACAGUAUUUGAUAAGAAGUGCAACCCACUCCUCGAUCUUGGUGAAGGCCCGUACAACACUAUCAAAUGGAAUCCCAAGGGAAGAUUUUUGUGCUUGGCUGGUUUCGGAAACUUACCUGGUGAUAUGGCUUUCUGGGAUUUUACCGAGAAAAAGAAGCUUGGAACAACUAAAGCUGAGUGGUCUGUAACUAGUGAAUGGUCUCCUAAUGGGUGUUUCUUUAUGACCGCAUCAACUGCACCAAGACGUCAGGUUGAUAAUGGGAUCAAGAUUUUCCACCACAACGGUUCGUUGUAUUACAAGAAAAUGUUUGACAAAUUGUUCCAGGCUGAUUGGAAACCCGAAUCAGCAGAUAGUUUUGGUGAUGUUGCUGAAGCUGUAAAGUCUUUUGGUUCAUUGAAGAUUGAAGAUAUCAAAUCACAAGGACAAGGGUCAAAGGCGUCCCAAAGUGCUACAAAAGCCAGCUCGGGAAAUCUACCGCAGAAACCUGCUGCAUAUCGACCACCUCAUGCUAAGCAGGCGGCUUCUGUUAAGGCAGAGCUAUUAGGAGGGAUGGAUACACAGGAAAUGAGUAAAAACGCGUUGAAAAACAAAAAGAAAAGAGAAAAGCAGCGGGAGAAGAAAGCAGCGGAAGCUGCAUCUGGUGCCAGUGGUUCAUGAUCGAGUGUGACGCUAACAUAGAAUGAGUAGUCGGAAUUUUGCUUCGUUUUGAAAUUGUUGAAUUUAAUUGGUGAAACGUUGUCUUUCAAUGCAAGUAUAACGAUGACAUUAAUUUUGAGGAAUCCUCGGGGAUUUUAUUGAGAAUAAGUAAAGGUGAGUCGAGUAUAAUUAGGGAUUUACAGAUAAAAA